AAGGACAAGAAGACAAGGAUAGAAGAGAAAAGAAAAAAAGAAACAAAGAAAGAUGGCUCGCCGAUCCCAGGGUACCAAACUCCAUUUAGCAGUUCUGUGUCUAGUUGUCUCCUGCCAUGCCAUUGGCCUCAGUGACCUAAUGGAGAGAGCUUCACAGCGAUCAGACAAGCUUCACUCACUCAGCACUUCCCUCACCAAGGACCUGGACUCUCACUUCCCACCCAUGGGACGAGUGAUGAUGCCACGCCCCUCUAUGUGUCACACCUCCUCACUACAGACACCCAAGGACAAGGAGCAAGCACUCAGAGUAUCGGAGAAUGAGCUGAUCUCCCUGGCUCGCUCCCUCCUCCUGGCCUGGAACGAUCCCCUGCUGCUGCUCUCCUCCGAGGCGCCCACUCUGCCGCACCCCUCCAACGGCGACAUCAGCAGUAAGAUCAGGGAACUGCAGGACUACUCCAAGAGCCUGGGAGACGGACUAGACAUACUAGUCAACAAGAUGGGCCCGUCCUCCCAGUACAUUUCUUCAAUCCCCUUCAAGGGUGGAGACCUCGGCAAUGACAAGACCUCCCGCCUCAUCAACUUCCACUUCCUCAUGUCCUGCUUCCGCAGGGACUCCCACAAAAUCGACAGUUUCCUCAAGGUCCUUCGAUGCCGGGCUACCAAAAUGCGACCUGAAACAUGUUAGGAGAAAAUGGCAGCCAUUUUGGUUGUGGAUUGUUCUAUUUUCAAACUGAUACAGACAGAGCCAAAAUGGGGUAGCCGUUUGAAGGAUAAUUCAGGGGAUUGGUUUGUUAAAUUAGAUUUUGUGACAUGAAUAAUCCUCUCUGUCAUCUAGAUUACCUUUGGACUAUUCAUAGACUAUACAUUAUAUUCAACACCUGUCAUCUGAACCACAUUUUACCAGUGUAAUAUACAAUUCAAGAGGUUUUAUUAUUGUUUAUGUUCUGUAAUGUAUUUCAUCAACAAUAUUCAACCUAAUAUUGGCACUUAUAAUCAUUGAAUAAUCAUCUUCAAUUAUUUAUAUAGAUAACAAAAGCAUCCCUCCAAGUCAUUCUUAGUAGAUACAGAGGGCUAUGUAGAUAGUUGACCAAUGACCAUCAUGAUAACAUUUGCACUUUAGAAUACGAUUUCUCAAGUCACUUAUAGAACUUCCCUUAUACUAUACACAAUGUACUGUUUCACAAAAUACCAAUAAAAUCUUAAUUGCAUU